GUGGUGGCGGCGCGGGCGAGGCCGCGGCCCCGUCCCGUCCCCUUCCCCUCCCCGCCGUCUCCCACCAGAGCCAACGCAGCCAAGAGCUUCAACUGGCUUGGACUUGUAUGUCAGCAGAAUGGUUUAUUAUGUUCCAUUAUUGGGGAUUCCUUGUUGCUGGUGAUGGGUGAGCCUGAAAAAACACAGCUUGACUUGCGCAUCACAGGCUCCUCUUUAGCCCACUGUCCUGAAGACAAGAGGUUCUGGCUGAUCAGGAGUCUCUAUUAGCAAUUCAAGUUGGCUGGAGAAUGGAAGGUGUUGAGUUUAAGGAAGAAUGGCAAGAUGAAGAUUUUCCAAGACCCCUGCCAGAGGAUGAUCCUGUUGAGUCAGAUAUGUUGGCUGCAGCUGGAACAGAAAGUGAAGCUGAGGUCAAUGGAACCAAAGUGAGGAAGAAACUAAUGGCUCCAGAUAUUAGCUUAACUUUGGAUCACAGUGAAGAAUCUGUUUUGUCUGAUGACUUGGAUGAGAGUGGAGAGAUUGAUUUGGAUGAUUUAGAUACUCCUUCAGAAAAUAGCAAUGAGUUUGAAUGGGAAGAUGAUCUUCCAAAACCAAAAACUACUGAUGUAAUUAGGAAAGGAUCACUUACUGAAUAUACUGCAGCAGAGGAGAAAGAUGAUGGUCGACGCUGGCGAAUGUUUAGGAUUGGAGAACAGGACCAUAGGGUGGACAUGAAGGCAAUUGAACCAUAUAAAAAAGUUAUCAGUCAUGGUGGUUAUUAUGGUGAUGGGUUAAAUGCUAUUGUUGUGUUUGCUGUUUGCUUUAUGCCUGAAAGCAGCCAGCCUAACUACAGAUACCUAAUGGACAAUCUGUUUAAGUAUGUAAUUGGCACCUUAGAGCUGUUAGUAGCAGAGAACUAUAUGAUAGUUUACCUGAAUGGUGCAACAACACGGAGAAAAAUGCCGAGUUUAGGCUGGCUUAGGAAAUGUUACCAGCAAAUUGAUAGAAGGUUAAGGAAAAAUCUGAAAUCAUUAAUCAUAGUUCAUCCUUCUUGGUUCAUCAGAACACUUCUGGCCAUCACAAAACCUUUUAUUAGCUCAAAAUUCAGCCAAAAAAUUAGGUAUGUCUUUACCCUGGCAGAACUAGCUGAGCUCAUCCCCAUGGAAUACGUUGGCAUCCCAGAAUGCAUAAAACAGUAUGAAGAAGAAAAGUUUAGAAAGAAACAGAAAAGAGUUGACCAAGAGCUGAAUGGAAAACAAGACCAGAAAAGUGAACAGUAAGUUUGGAGUCCAAACAAGACUGAAGAAUAUGCAGAUGGAAUGAUGCUAUUUUUGCUCCAUUUACAAUGCAUUCUCUGUGUGUGUGUAUAUAUUAUAUAACCUGUUGCAAAAGGUGCUUAAUUUCUUUUGGACUAGCACACAAUGGACUGCUUACUGCUGUAUUGGUUUGUCUUGACUUUAAUAGCUAUGUUUAUGUAAUCAUUUUAUACUGCUAAAUGUGAAAGAACCCUAUGUUUUUAGAGGAUGUUCUUGCAAUUGUUUAUCUAAAUGAUGCAUGUUCUUCAGUAAAAUAUAUUUAUAUACCUAAAUGUUAAAGGAAAGAGAUAAUAUAUAUUUUUAUGACUGAGCAAUAUAUUGUGUGUACCUGCUGAAGGAAUUCAUUUGCAGGUAGACAAGGCCAUAAGUUACUUGUUAUUGUAUAAAUCUGUUUUGCUGUAAAUGGUCAAGUGCAUUUCUUCGUUGUCACAGAAACCUUAAUUUGUUUGGAUAUUAAUAAUCACAUAAUAUAGUCUUUCACAAGUGUGGAGAUCCUUAUUUUUGUUCACAUGCCUAAUACAAGCAGUACUCAUUUACCUCACUAGAGUGAGCUUGAGCUUUGGUGUCUUUUAGCCCAUGUUUCAGAAUGCAGAACUGCAGUUCUGUGAACUUCAGUCUGUUGGCCAAAGGGUUUAAGCCUAAGCCACAAUGGAAGCUGAACUGUUUGAAUGACUAGUAAUAUAUCAGACCUUUCUCAAUUUAAGUUGCGAAUUUAGCCUUGAUUUACUGAAGCAGAACCUGUCUCAGCUACCAGUGGGAAAUGAGUUCAUUGCAGUUCUUCCUGGAUGAAUAUUGGUUGUCACCAGUAGGAACUCUGGUUAUACUCACUGGAGCUUGGGAGUUACAUAGAUAUUCUAGCCAUAAUAUCAAUUGUUUGCAGAGGUAUGGGGAGUUUUGUGCUACCUGUAUCAUCCUUGUAGAUGAAACAUCCAUUUCUAAAGCUCUUAGUUUGGCACAUUAUACCAGGACUAAUUUCACUUUAAAAAAAAAAAAAGUGAUUUAAAGGUUGGGGUUUUUUAAUCUCCCCACAAUGGUAGUAAACUUGUGUAAGAGGUGUUCUUGGACACAUAACUAGUGUUUAUAGGUUUAUUACAGCAACAAUAAUGCACUGGUUGAUAUGUUGUAAAAGUCUGUAAAAUCUUUUGAUAAUCAUUGCUAUUUCCCUGUAAGGACAGGUGCAUGCAAAUAAAUCCAUUCAGGAGUUGAGCAGUAUAAUAUUGUAGCAAAUGUAUUUAAAUCUUCACUUUCGGUUUUUAUUGUUCUCACAAUUUUGUCUUAAUGCCAAAAAUAUCAGUUCUCGAUUAUAUUGAAAGUUAGUGUUAUAGAGUUCCCUUAUUUUAAAAAAAUAAGGUUGCAUUCAACCAGAUUAUUACCUGACACUGAUAAACGGCAGUCAAGAGAGAGUUCCAUGGUCAAGACUUAUUACCAAUUAACAAUUAAUCUACUGUCUCUAAUGAUACAUGUAUAGACUCUGAGAGCAUAUUCAUGUCAGAUGAGGGCAAAUUGCCCAUGUCUGUGGGAGUUUGUCUGCAAUUCAGAGACUUUCAUCUCAAGAUCGAGGUACUUUUGUUAUAGUAGCUUCUGUAUCACAGUUUCAAAGAGAUUAAUAUGCAGGAUGUUCUCUUUCAACAGGUAAUGCUAAUUUCAAGUUGCCUUGCAUCCAUUUCAUCGGGUUUGGAUCUUGCUCUGAAAGCAGAACACAAAUGUGAACAGUUUCUUUGGGGCUGUCUUAUGUCCUGCUUCAAUUCUGAUGUUGACCUAGAUUAAUGUAAAGUUCCCGUCAGUAAAUUGGACACUUACAGCCUGUUUACUUCUGAUACAUUCACAGUGUGGUGUGUAUGCAAACCUGUAAACCUUCCUGAUUUUUACUGAUUCUGUGUGGGUCCUAAGCUAGCCACUAAGCAUUCUGAUCAUCUCAUUUCAAAUUUUUCCUAAUUAAAAAAAAGUAUUCUUCUCAGUAAAAUCAUAUUCUUAGUGGAAGGAUGGUAGUUCUAUAUGUCCUGUUGCUUCCUAUGUGUAUAGUGCAGUACAGAGUAGCCAGUCCUCUGUGUAGGCCGUAUUAUCAAAUGAUGGGAUUGUUAUUGCUGUCUUUCCUGGUGGCUGAGUGAUUCUACAGUUUCAUGCUGCAGUAGUACUAUUUCUUUUGGAAAUGUAUAUGUGCUUACCGAAUGGUUUAUUUCUCUAGUAUAAGUUUUUGUGAAUGAAUAUACAGCACAACAGUUCUUCUGUCCCCUAAAGAUAUGCAGCUUGAGAAACAAGUGUACUAAAGAAUUAUUUCCCUCUGACCUUUUGCAGCUCAUCAUUUAAUGGUGAGGUGGAUGUUUACAAAAAGCGAAGAGGUCCCAAAGUUAUCUUGAACACAAAUGGGUAACUUUUUGUCAAACUUAUCUUUUUUAAAUCUAUAAAAUAAUUUAAUAUAUUUAAUAUUUAAAAACAUGAAAAGUUGGAAUGUCAUACUUCUAUUAAAGUUAUUUUAAAACCUGAAUCACUUUGUGAUAAGAUACAGUAUUGUAGGGAAUUUACCAUUCAAUGGCACUUCCUUCUAAAAGUAAAACUCACGUUGCUAGAAUACAGUUUGAGCCCUGUCAAGAAAAGAUAAUUUCGAUUCACUACCUUUGAUUUGGAGGUCUCAUUAGUUUUUAUAUAUAUAUGUGGUAAUAAGUCAUUAGCUAUCUUUUGUUAUUACUGUGUGCAACUGAAAUAGAAAUGUUUGGGCCAGUGGCCUCUCUGUGUGUGGAUGUGAUAUUUUGUAAAUUGAUUUCUACAACAGGGUAAGUGUUCAGAAGUGGCAAAGAUAUUUUGGAGAAAGUGUCAUUAAAAACUGAUGUGAGUAGACUUUAGAUAUUUUGGAGAAAGUGUCAUUAAAACCUGAUGCGAGUAGACUCUA